UCUUUGCUUACAUUGACAAAAAGUGUUUUGACUUUUUAACCCCAGCUUAAGCCACUGACUGAAUGAGGAAGAACCUUCCCUCCUGUGAUGAGGGAGGGAUGUUGUAUUUCACCUUCAGAGCAGGCUGGAACCGAGUCUGUAUCAGGAGCGGCUUUUGAAGGCCAUGUGUGGUCUGAAUAAUUGACUGACUGGAAGGUUAGGUCUGAACUGACUGGAGGGAAGGUUAAGGGACCUGUGGUAAUGUAUCCACCAAACGUGAGCGUAGCUUGUCGCUAGUGGAGAGAAUGAUGGAAGAGCUCUCGCCUUCUUUCCCCCCUCUCUCCUCACCACCUCCUUGCGAUCCCCAGAGCACCGUUUACAGCUCACUGGAAGCUGCGGCAGGAAAACCUGCUACAGUUUAUUCGUGACUUCUGGAAAGACCCACGUCUUCCUCUGAAAGCCAAGAAUCUCUCGGAUUGUGAGCAAAAGUACUGGUAUUUUACUGGUCUUGCUCCUCCACUUCAAGUCAGCAUGUCGAAGAAAUCGGAGGCCCCGCUUUCCUUGUCUGACUGCCUCUGCCAAAUUUGCAUGGAGAUCCUUGUGGAGCCCGUGACACUGCCAUGCAACCACACCCUCUGUAACUCUUGUUUCCAGCUGACCGUUGAAAAGGCCAGUCUUUGUUGCCCUUUUUGUCGGCGUCGAGUCUCUUCCUGGGCACGAUACAAUGCCCGCAGGAAUACUCUUAUCAACUGGGAGCUCUGGGAAAAGAUUCAGAAGAAUUACCCAAAGGAGUGUGAGCGUAGGAUUAACGGACAGGAUUUGGAAGAGGAAAUCUGUGUCCCCCAUCCACAACACCAGCUGAGCAAGCCUGGGGAACUGAGGCAGGAAUAUGAAGCAGAAAUUAGCAAGGUGGAGGCAGAAAGGCGAGCGCACGAACAAGAGGAGAACAAGGCAAGUGAGGAAUACAUCCAACGGCUUCUAGCAGAAGAGGAGGAGGAACACAGGCUGGCAGAAGAGAGACGGAGGGAGAUGGAGAAGCAGCUGAAGCAGGAUGAGGAGUUGGCCUGGCAGCUGAGUAACAGUCUGAAUGACAAUUCUGAAGGAUGUGUGCUCAGCAGUCCUUCACCAGCAGGCAGACUGUCAUCUGAAACAUCCCCAGUUAAUUCAUGCAAGAUGAAGAACAGAACAAGCAGCUCUGGAGACAUUCAGAAGUAUCUGUCUCCAAAGCAUCAUCAUACAGUGGGAUCAGCAUCAUUCUCUAGAGCAACAGAAAGAGGAAGGAGUGACUCCGGCUCUGCGGAGCCCAAUAGUGAUGAAGGCAGGAGUUCUGUGUGGCAAGAUGGACAAGUGGAAAUGCCAACACUAUCCCCACAGCUGACCAGUGUGGUUAAAGAUUCCAGUGCUAAGGAUUCGUUUCUGGAAUCAUGCAUGAACUAUUUCAGUGCCUCAGCUUCGGGGGACACCGACGCUGUCAAGCAGGAAAAAACACCAGGACCAAAUUGUCCAGGAGACAAAGUUCCAGAUGACCUUCAUGGAAUUGUGGAAGGGGAAGGGUCUAGAACAGUUCUUCACAGAUCUAAAGGAGAGGGUGAUGGAAUUGAGUCAGACAGUGGCAGUUUAACACACAUAGAAAGCAUAAACCGCAAAAUCUCUGCUGAAACUUGCACCCGUAUUCAGUCAGUGACAAAUUCUGUGAUGUCUGACAGCAAAAGUAUAAAAUGUGAUAUCACGAAGGUGUGCGGACGCUCGGGUGAAGAGAAACCAGAGAGACUGCAGAACACUAAGGAGACCCCCAAAAGAAAGUUGCUGGAGCCACCAGCUGAAGCAGUGGUUGACUUGUGUCUGCUUGAUAAGAGGAGAAGAACUUUUCUGGAAAGCUUAGAGGACCAAGGGGAGCAGGUAAAUGAUUUCAACUUGCAAAUGCAGAAAGCCUUUGAGCAGGAGUUCUAUGAAAGGCGUAUGCAAGAGGAGCAGGACAGGCUUCUGGCUCUGCAGCUACAAAAAGAGAUCAACAAGGAGGAAAGGACACUUAAUCGACAAAAGGGCUCUCCAGAUGAGUACCUUCUUCGCACCAAACCACCUCAGCUUGUGAAAGACUCUCCUGUGAGAAAGGGAAGUUCUAAGACGGCAAAAGACUCGAAGGUUCCAAAAAAACAGGCUGAAACAAAUCACCGCAAAACUCGGAAAGGUUCUUGCAAUGAAAACUGGCAGUCCCCUACCCGAGUCCAAGUGAAAUCGCCCAGCAUCAAGGGAGGGAAAGUUUUGAAUUGCGUGGUUAAUACCAAUGACGCAAAUGAUAUUUGUUCUCUACCUAAGAGUAAGCAAAAGACAAUCCUUCAGAUGUUUAAAAGCUCCGUUGUGGAGUAGAUCAACAGAACCGCCAGACACAUGGUGGAAUGAGAAUGGAAACCGUGGUGACGCUUUCUGCUGUGUUGGCAAAGCUUCCUGCAAACAGUUUUUUCAAGGGGGAACACUUUGGGUCACAAAGUUGUGUAUUCUGAGAAGUUUUAAUAACGUACACCCCCAGACUUUAAAAAAAUUUAGUUGGUCUUUUCUUGACUACAGCUUAUUUUCUAGCGCUUGCGUUUACAUAAUUUUGAAUGUGAAUAUUGUUAGUGCUUAAAAAGAAAAAUAACUGGUGGUUGUCUCUUAAAAUGAGAAUUCGAAGCCUUUUACAGAAAGGACGCACAUUCCACGGAGGAAACAAGCAACAAAAAUGAGUGUGUUUCCAGUUGUCUGCCAGCUGCAAGGCUGAAGCUUCACUCGGCACAACCACUGUUGGUUAAACUGAAGCACGUUGUUGGUGUUGAAGCUGUUUGUUGAAUUGCAUUGUUCACAUGACAGUUAACAGGGGUAUAACCGGGCAGUCUUGCAGAUAUGCUGUUUCCCUCUCCUUCUCAUAUACUAACCCCUUUCUUAGACAAAGAGGGGAGAAAACAGGUCAUUCUCCCGCUGCCGAAGCCAAGGAUCUUUCACAGAUGCCAAUAGUCGAAGCAGUUGCAGGUUUGUAUUUCCCUCUGUUCAUAGAGGUCACUUCUGCAGAUCUGACUCUCGCUGUUGUUCGGAAGAAGAUACUUUUGGUUUUUCUUAUUGCUAGUGUUCUGCAACUUUAUUAUUGUACAGUAACGUUACCUGUAUUUAGUGCUAUUUAAUUUUCAUACUCAAACUGGUUUGAGUAUGAUUAAGAACACAUAAUAAUUAAAAAAAUAGUUACUCCAGAAGAGUGUUAGGAUAGAGAAAGCAAAGGGGGAAAAGCAACUGAAAACUAGAGUUGUCGUGACGAUGUAACUAUAAUUAGAGUCACAAAACUACCAUGCCUGGCUCUAACCGGUGUCUUCCCCCCCAUUUUUAGAGGCACUACCAAAUACUCUCCUCCAGUUUAGUUUAAAACUGACAGCAUUCACAAGAAUCAUAAUUUAAGACACUGGGGGAAGCUGUGGCCUGUAAGAAGUUGAGGGUGGUGAAGGGUUGACCAGGUGCUGCUCAGCAAAGGGAGUCUUCCUGCCAGGUUGUUCUAUCUGCUGCUAUUGUGAAACCAUCUUGUGGCCUUUCUUUUUUUGUAAAGCUGUAUGUGCUUGGAAGAGCGCAAAGCACCAGCCCACCUUGCUGCAGCAUGUGUGCUAAUCACCAAAGUUUGCAAAUGUUUUAAAUGUGGACUUUCUUGGAACUUCAUUGAUGAGCUGUAGACUUUAACUCAGUUCUGGGAAAUCUGUUAAUAAAAUACUUCAGAGCAAUAUCUUCUGAUAUUUUAAGUUGAAAAGAAACCCAAACAAGGUGAAAUUUUAUUGAAAGCACGAGCAGCACACCAAGCCAAAAAUAUGAAUUUUUUUUUUUCCUUUGCCUGCAUGUCUCUAUUAAUGGUGGAUUUCUCAUAAAUAAAUGGUCUAUUUUAAGCUUUUUGAGAAAGUUACAACAGGUGAUCCAUUGCAAAUCACUUGCUUUUCCUUUUGCUGCCUUAACCAUUGUGCUGGAAGCUUUCCUUCACUAUAGAUCUGUUUUUGUUGAACCCCUACCUUUGUUUGCAUUGUUUUCUGUCUUGCCCAGGCAGUUAAGUAUAAUCCUUCAUUAAAGUUGUUUUUAAGACAAAGA